AUGCCUACUCGAGGAAUCUUUAUCUAUGCACCAACCUUCGAUCAGCGUGUCGAUGGGUUUGGAAUCGGCAAUCCAACUCCUCGCAUCUCUUGGAAAUUUGGCAACGAAGACAGAUCCAUUCGCGCCUGGAGUCAAGCAGAAUACGAGUUGGAAAUCAAUCGGCAUGGAGUGACCAAAUCCUACUCCGCCAAAAGUGACCAGUCUGUUUUAAUUGAAUGGCCGGACGAGCCAUUACAGUCAAGGGACAAGGCUUCUGUGAGAGUGAGAGCUUGGACAAGAAACGAUGUCUGUGUUGAUAGCUCUACAGAAUGGUCUCCCUGGUCCACAGUGGAGACCUCGCUGCUGUCAAGGGAAGACUGGGUAGCCAAGAUGAUCUCCAGCUCCACAGUGGUCCAAUCGGAUGAACCUAUUCGCCCACCCCGCUUUCGAAAGACGUUUGAAAUUCCCAAAGACAAAGGGGAAAUUAGCUCAGCCAGGCUUUAUAUCACCUCUCAUGGAGUUUAUAACGCUUUCAUCAAUGGAGUUCCCGUGGGCAAUCAUCUCAUGGCGCCAGGUUGGACGACCUACCAUUCGAGGUUAAACUUCCAAGUCUUUGACGUUACCAAGUUGCUUCAGAGCGACAAUGUUCUCGCAGUCGAACUGGGCGAAGGAUGGUAUGCGUCUCGGCUUUGGCGUGAAGGCCGCUUCGUAUUCGGAAAAGACCUCGCACUGUUGUCGCAAUUGGAAAUCAAUUUCAAGGAUGACACAGAGCCUCUCACAGUAAUAUCAGAUGAGACCUGGGAAUCCAGCGUCGGUCCAAUUCUCAGCAGCGAGAUAUAUGACGGUGAAGUGUACGACAUGGCACAAGAGCAACCCGGAUGGAGCUCCACUGGCUACAACUCUCAGUCAGUAUGGACGCCUGUGCGAACCUUGCAGUUUCCUACAGAGCAACUGGUUAUACCAGAGAGUCCUCCGGUUCGGAUCAUCCAAGAAACCGAGCCUAAAGAGAUAUUUAGAAGUCCCACCGGAAAGCUUUUAGUGGACUUUGGUCAAAAUAUCGUAGGUAAGCUACGUGUUCGAUCACUCAAUAAACCUGAAGGCAAUCUAGUCUCCUUUCAGCAUGCCGAGGUUCUCGAGAAUGGCGAGUUGGGAAUCCGCCCCCUUCGAAAUGCCAAAUGCACCGAUACUAUCAUCUGUUCAGGGGAGGAGCUUGAGGAGUGGUCGCCUAGCUACACAUUCCAUGGGUUUCGCUACGUGCAGGUCGAUGGCUGGACCCCUGAAGAUGAGAUCAAUCCCUUCAAGAGCUCAAAUCUGACUGCUUUGGUCAUGCAUACCGAUAUGUCAAGGACUGGUUGGUUCACAUGCUCCAACGACCUGGUGAACAAAUUGCACGAAAAUGCGCUUUGGGGAAUGAGAGGUAACUUCUUGUCAAUUCCCACGGAUUGUCCUCAGCGCGACGAGCGACUGGGAUGGACAGGAGACAUCCAGGUAUUUUGUCCUUCGGCAUCCUAUUUGUACCACACUGCAGGGAUAUUGGGAGAUUGGCUCAAGGAUCUUGCCUGUGAGCAGGAAAAGGGAGGUGGUGUUCCGCCUAUGAUUGUACCGGAUGUAUGUCUGACCAAGCCGGCCCGCCCUCCACAGGCUGUGUGGGGAGAUGCAGCGGUUUUGGUGCCCUGGGCUUUGUACAAAUUCACGAAUGAUGCCAAGAUACUUCGGACACAGUAUGAUAGUAUGACGUCGUGGCUUGACAAAGGAUGUCGUCGCGGGCCAGAUGGAUUGUGGUCGGAUUCGCUGUGGCAGCAUGGGGACUGGUUGGACCCCUCCGCUCCACCGGAUGACGCUGGAAAUGGCGCGACAGAUGGUGUCCUCGUUGCAGACGCAUAUCUUGUUCACAGCACUCACGUCAUGAGCAAAGUGUCGGCUAUACUGGGACACGAAGAAGAUAUGCAGCGUUUCAAAUCCGAUUACCUGAGACUGAAGGGCCUGUUCCAAAGGAAAUACAUAACCCCAGCUGGCUAUGUUGCUUGUGACACGCAGACGGCUCUUUCUCUCGCCAUCGUUUUUCAGCUCUUUGAGAACGCGGAUCAGGUGAGGGUGGCCGGAGAACGCCUGGCCCGACGCGUCCAAUUUGCUCGAUUCCGCGUGUCAACUGGAUUUGCUGGUACGCCACUCGUCACCCACGCGUUGAACAUGGCGGGAAAACCCGAAAUCGCUUACCGCAUGCUCGUCGAGAGGGAGUGUCCGUCGUGGCUUUACCCCGUUAUCAUGGGCGCAACGACUAUCUGGGAGCGAUGGGAUAGCAUGCUUCCCGAUGGCAGCAUUAACCCAGGAACGAUGACCAGCUUUAACCACUAUGCACUGGGAUCAAUCAUUAACUGGCUUCAUCAAUCCGUUGGUGGUAUCAGUCCCACGGAGCUUGGCUGGAAGAAAUUUCUCGUCCGACCUGUGCCUGGAGGCGGCAUAACCUCUGCAGAGGCACAAUACGACAGCCCGUAUGGGUUGAUAACAUCUUCUUGGAAAUUGGACGGCCCCGGCAAAUUCCGCAUGCAGCUGAUCAUUCCCCCUAAUUCGACAGCUUAUGUUAUUUUGCCGGAUAGACAGAGGCAUGAUGGCGAUACCUCGGAGGAGCAAGGAAUCCAAUUUGCGUCCGGUGAGUACGAGAUAUACUGUGAUUAUACCCCGAGAAAGUGGCCGCCGAAGGCACUUCUCACGCUGUUCCGGGAGGAUACAAGCGGUGAUCCGACGGAGAUUCCUAUACGUUGA